AUGGCGCAACAUUUUCAAAGAAGGAAAGCUAUUGUUUCUCCAAAUGAACAUUUGAAGAUGAAAAAUUUAUUAGAUAUUCAUUCAGAUAUUGUUCAAGCUUUAGACCAACAACUUAGACGCCCUGUUAGUUUAAAUAAAUUAGUUAAUGAAAGCAAAUUUACAAAAAGUGAAGUAAAAGCUAUUUAUAGAGCAUUUAAGGAAGCUUCACCAAAUGCUUUAGUUAAACGUGAUAUAAUAAGAGAAGCUUUUGUUGAAUUAUUUCCUAAAGGUGAUACAGAACAUUAUGCUGAUAUGGUAUUUAAUACAUUUGAUCUUGAUCAUACGGGAAUGAUAACUUUUGAAGAAUUUAUUAAAAGUAUGUCAACAUUAUGUAGAGGUACAUUAAAAGAAAAAAUAGAUUGGAUUUAUAAGAUGUAUGAUCCUCGUAAUACAGGAGUUAUAAGUUGGGAACGUUUAUUUUUUGUAAUAACAGCAAUGGAUGAUUUGAUUGGAUAUGAUGCUAGGCCUAUAAAAACACGUGAACAAAAAAUAAAUCAUACUAAUGAAAUAUUUAAUAAAUUUGAUCCUAAUAAUACAGGAUUAAUAACUAAAGAACAGUUUACAAAACUUUGUCUUAAUGAUCCUAAUAUUUUAAAUUCAAUAAGUCAUUUAUAUACAAUUUUGCCUACAGCUUAA